CUUCUACCUGUCGUUCAUCAAAAUCAUCCAACAUGGGUAAGGUUCACGGCUCUCUCGCCCGUGCCGGUAAGGUCAAGGCUGCUACUCCUAAGGUCGAGCCCCAGGAGAAGAAGAAGAACCCCAAGGGUCGCGCCUACAAGCGUGUUCUCUACACUCGCCGUUUCGUCAACGUUACCAUGACCGGUGGCAAGCGCAAGAUGAACCCCAACCCCGGCCAAUAAAUUAUUCAAGUUCCUGAAAAAACC